AUGGGUGGACAACUUGACGUCCUGGACAUUGUCGUCCUUGGGGUUCUGGCUCUGGGAACGAUAGCAUACUUCACGAAAGGAAAAUACUGGGGUAUCGUGAAGGAUCCCUAUGCUACCAGUUAUGCCGCCACCAAUGGAAACAAACCCGCAAAGACAAGAAAUAUCAUUGAGAAGAUGGACGAGUCCAACAAAAACUGCGUCGUCUUCUAUGGUUCGCAGACUGGUACCGCAGAAGAUUAUGCUUCUAGAUUGGCAAAGGAAGGCAAGAGUCGUUUCGGCUUGGAGACCAUGGUAGCAGACUUGGAAGACUAUGACUACGACAACCUCGAUACCUUUGGGGAAGAUAAAGUCGCAAUUUUCGUAUUGGCUACAUAUGGUGAAGGCGAACCAACCGAUAACGCUGUUGAUUUCUAUGAAUAUUUCAUGAAUGAGGAUGUUGAGUUUUCUAGUGGUGAGAAAUCGCUCGAAAACCUCAAGUUUGUUGCAUUUGGUCUCGGAAACAAUACCUACGAACACUACAACUCUAUGGUCAGAAACGUCACAAAGGCUUUCGAGAAGCUCGGCGCUACAAGAAUUGGUGAAGCCGGUGAGGGAGACGAUGGUGCUGGUACUAUGGAAGAAGACUUUCUGGCCUGGAAGGACCCAAUGUGGACUGCAUUGGCUGAAAAGAUGGGACUCCAGGAACGUGAAGCUGUUUAUGAACCGGUUUUCGCUAUUACAGACAGAGAAGAGUUGUCAAAGGAUUCCCCAGAAGUUUAUCUCGGCGAGCCAAACAAGAUGCAUUUAGAGGGUACAUCGAAGGGUCCUUACAACGCUCACAACCCUUACAUCGCGCCUAUUUCUGAAUCCAAGGAGCUCUUCACCGUCAAAGACCGAAACUGUUUGCACUUGGAAGUCGAUAUUAGUGGAUCUAACCUCAGCUAUCAAACCGGAGAUCACAUUGCAGUUUGGCCAACAAAUGCUGGAAGAGAAGUGGACCGUUUCCUCAAUGUUACUGGGCUUUCUUCCAAGAAGGAUUCUGUCAUUACUGUCAAAGCAUUGGAUGCAACUGCAAAGGUUCCCUUCCCUACACCAACUACAUACGAUGCUAUAGUCAGAUAUCACAUGGAGAUUUGCGCACCUGUUUCACGUCAAUUCCUCGCCACUUUGGCCGCCUUUGCCCCCAAUGACGCCAUCAAGGCCGAAAUGGAAAAGCUUGGUGGUGACAAAGAUUACUUUCACCAAAAGAUCAGUAGCAACUAUUUGAAUAUUGCUCAGGUUUUGCAGGAAGUUGGUGGUCAAGAAAAGUGGAGCGCUAUCCCAUUCUCUGCUUUCAUUGAAGGUUUGGGCAAGAUUCAACCUCGUUACUACUCUAUUUCAUCUUCCUCGCUUGUACAAAAGAAAAAGAUCUCCAUCACGGCUGUUGUCGAGUCAAUCGAUAUUCCUGGUAGACCCGACGCUUUGAAGGGUGUCACCACAAAUUAUCUCCUUGCAUUGAAACAGAAGCAACACGGCGACGACCACCCCGAUCCCCAUGGCCUCACAUACGAAAUCACAGGACCACGCAAUAAGUAUGAUGGCAUUCACGUCCCGGUACACGUCAGACACUCCAACUUCAAGCUCCCAUCUGAUCCAUCCAAGCCUGUCAUCAUGAUUGGUCCUGGAACUGGUGUUGCACCUUUCAGGGCCUUCGUUCAGGAAAGAGCUGCACAGGCAAAGGCUGGCGAGAAUGUUGGACGAACAAUCUUAUUCUUUGGAUGUAGAAAGUCUACAGAAGAUUUCAUGUACAAAGAUGAAUGGAAGGAAUACGAAGAAGCUCUUGGCGACAAAUUCUCGCUCAUUACUGCAUUCUCUCGUGAGGGCAAGGAAAAGGUUUAUGUCCAGCACCGUCUCAAGGAACAUGCCAAAGAAAUCAACGAUCUUCUCAUGCAAAAGGCCUACUUCUAUGUUUGUGGUGAUGCUGCAAACAUGGCUAGAGAAGUCAAUACCGUUCUUGGUAAAAUCAUAUCAGAGCAACGUGGAAUUCCAGAAUCAAAGGCUGAGGAUGUUGUAAAAAGUAUGCGAUCCGCCAAUCAAUACCAGGAGGAUGUGUGGUCAUAG